ACAGGCUAUAUUCAUUAUUCAUUCUUCUUCUCCUUGAUCCACCGAUCGAUUUUCAACCCAAAACCCUAAUUCAAGAUGGAGAGGAGGCACACGCACAGAUGUGCAACCGGCUUUAUUUUUAUAGCUCUCUUUUUCAGCUUUAUCCACCGUAUCUCAGCUCUCUCCGUCACCGUCAACGAAGUAGAAUGUGUUUAUGAGUACGUUAUCUACGAAGGUGACACCGUUUCUGGGAACUUUGUUGUCGUCGAUCACGACAUUUUCUGGGGCUCUGAUCACCCUGGCAUCGAUUUCACUGUGACGUCUCCCGCAGGCAACACGGUGCACACUGUAAAGGGAACAUCUGGGGACAAGUUUGAAUUUAAGGCCCCACGAAGUGGAAUGUACAAAUUUUGUUUCCAAAAUUCUUAUGCAACACCUGAGACUGUCUCUUUCUAUAUACAUGUUGGCCAUAUUCCCAAUGAGCACAACCUCGCCAAAGAUGAACAUUUGGACCCCAUAAAUGUUAAAAUUGCUGAGUUGAGAGAGGCACUGGAAUCUGUUACAGCAGAGCAGAAGUAUUUGAAAGCUCGAGAUACUCGUCAUCGUCACACAAAUGAAAGCACAAGAAAGCGUGUCAUAUUUUACACGCUGGGUGAGUACCUUUUGUUGGCUCUUGCAAGUGGACUUCAAGUCGUUUACAUCCGCCGUUUGUUCAGUAAAUCAGUGGCAUACAACCGAGUUUGAGGUAGCAUGUUUGAGAGGCUUGACUGAUGUAACUGUUGAGUGAAGAGAAUUAUGUAUUGUGUAACAAAACAUGGUUAUACUAUUUAUCCCUUGCUUCUAUUUAUAAUGUGAUAUUCAAAGAUAAUGUUGUAGGUUUACCUUAUUCACAAGUUCCACUGGCUGUGAA